UCUGUAAGGUGUCUUUUAACUAAUCGAACAUGGAGAACAGUCCUUCAACCCUCCAGAGGUGGAGAGCAAGAACGUUGUCCAAGAUCAGUCAGAACACACGGACGGGGAAAGACGCUGAUUCCGACGCCCUCUCCUAUGCCUCCUCAGCGAGCGGGAAAAGCAUGUCAAGCACCACAUCCACGAGGACUACAUCGACAACCUCAGCUCAAUACCCUUCACACGAUGCGGCUGCGCUUGAAGCGGAGAUGAAACGCCUGAUGCGACUUGUUCACUACGGAGACGAGGACGCCCUACAGCAACUUCUACGGUUGCAAAGCCAACGCAGAACAGCGUUUCCCAAUCUUGGGACCACCGCGGUCUAGGGGAACUUCACGCUCGUCAUGUCACCGGACUCCUUCCUGGGCAAGCGAUCAGUGAUUGCCUCAAACGAAGUCUGGUUCGAAACCGUGGCACAUGUCGCCAGCUCCACUGCGCUCACUGUCAAUCGAGACGAGAGUAUGUGCAAUCGACGGAGUGCUCACGCUGGGCAUCAUGUUCGUGACGCUCAGUACGCUUGCCUGGCGGCACUACCAAACACUGAGCGACGGUCAUACGACAACGAUCGCCCGAAUCGAGAAGAGACAUAAUGAACGGCUUCCCAUCAUCUUCACCGCAGCUUUUGCAUCGGAACUGCACACACAAGAUCGGAUAAGGUCGCCGGGCGGAGCUGCUCAAGUCAUGGCCGGAUGGUACACUGUAUCUCCAUCCGAACUGGAGUAUUGGAAGGACAGGCUGAACCGCCAGUGGAGCGAAAAGAAGAAGAAGAGAGUGGAACCCUUGCCGGACGAGCCCGUGCCGAUAAGUGGAGGCGAAUACCAGGCAACACCGUCGCCCUCGCCGGAACCAGGUCGCAGUGUUGCCUCGAGGACAGUAAGCAUGGAGUGUCGCACGGCUGCAACUCCGUCUCCGCCUCCCAUACCUCCGCGGAGCCUCCUGAGAGGACACACCUACCCAAAUUCGUCUACUAUCCCACAUUCCGAAGCCGCUAUGAAAUUGAUCAAGACCGCGACUUCUCAAGCCGUUGCGGGAAAACCGUCAAUCCCCACACCUCUUCACGUAAAUCCAGAAAAGGAAAUACCAAUCAUCAAGGCAGAAACUGAUUCCAUAAAACUCCCAAACAAGUCCUGGCUGCGCGACCCAGCAAUGCGCGAACUCGUCUUCCUCCUGUACUACGUCUACGACGGUGACGGUGACGCCUUCUUCGCCGCCUUGGGUCCGCAUAUCGCUCGCUCGCUGUUCGAAAAGUACCUUUUUACUCCGCCUGAUUUUGAAGGAAUCAAUAGUCCCGAGCGACAGCUGGCGGACAUGCUUUUGGCGGGCAGGUACACGUUACUGAGGGUGUGCAGCCAGCGCCCAAGCGAAGCGCAAAUGGAGAUGAUCGGUCAAUGUUGGGAUUGGAUCAAGACUGUGCGUAGGGAGAAUCAGAGGGCACUGGGAGAUACGGAGAGUGUGAGGGAGUUGAGGGAUUGGAACCGGGAAUUGAAGUUAAGGUGCUGGAGGGCCAAUUGGCAGAAGAAGUGGAAUGGGAGGUUGAGCAAGGCGCGGGAGGAAGAGAGGACGGAGGGACACAGAGAAGAACGAAGAUUGACAGAGGAAGGAAGAGAAGUGCGUUGGUCAGACACUUAUUGAGAUGCACCGCGAGAUUUACCGUUGCGGGACUGCAUUAUAGAAUCCGUAGGAAUCACAGUCUUAGCGAUAUGUUAAUAGCUGUCCACUUCUGGUUACUGAAAGAGCAGUGUUCAUUCAACC